AUAUAAGCAAUGAGAACGUUUUUAUUGGACAGCACGGUUAAAAGUAGCAACAGCACAUUGUUAAAAUAUAGGCUACAAGUGGUCAAUUAUACUUUCCACCAUAAUUAAGAUUUAUCAAAACGCCACAGUGCAAACUACAAUAUUGCAAUAACUACACGCUUCAAACAACAUUUUAAUAUGUCAAUUAUGUCAACAACAGUAAAAGCGACCAAAUAUUUAUGUAGCUACAGUAUUUAAUUAAACAAAGAAAUCUCUUUCCCGCCUAGCCAAAAUAAAUAAAUCAAUUCCACAACAAAACACAUGAACAUGGAGCAAAAAUGCAUCCCCAGUGAAUACGUUUUGUCACACUGUUAUGAUUUUUACUAGAUUGCAUAGGUUACUUAAAAACUUUUAGUUAUAGCUCAAAUCUAAAAAACAAACCACAUAGGCCUAUAUUUAAAUUAGAACACGGUUGUUUUACUAAAUUUAGGAUUUAAUCGAUUUACUUGAUUGCUGACAACUGUGUCCGAGACACACAGGCCCCAUGUGAUCGCUUCUAUUCCCAGCUUGUCACAAGUUAAAAUUAGACGCACUCCCGUCUUGUCCUGUCCCACCUCGAGUCAUGUUAGCAGUGGCAUACGUGCUAAUGCAGGCGCAUUAAUUUGACAUUGAGAAGCAAAGCAACACCUUGAAUGGAUAUGUUUCCAUUCCCCCUCAUUUUUUAAAGAAGCGAUAAUUUAGGUAAGAAAGCUGUUUCUUUUGGUGUAUGGAAGUGUACUGUAUAAUGGCUUGAAGGAGAUUGAAGUCAGAUCCUCAAAUCCAGGGACACACUCCUGGGGGGGUCAAGGACAGCUGACAGCGGGAGAGCAGUGAAUACUAUUGCAAAACAAGUCUUUGUAGAUCCGUGCUUUUUAAAACAUAGUUUUAUUUAUGAAAUCCCCAUUGCCUUAGAAAAUGUUAUGGGAAAGUGUAAAUAAUAUUAAUAAACGUAAGGAUGUGGCAUGUGCAUAUUUAACAUUACUGUAUGUUUUCGUUUUGCAAAAAUCCAGUCCUUUUAAGUGUAUCACGGUCAUUUUACACGGUAUGUAGACAUUCCCCAUGCCUUUCCCAUGCUUAGAAGUGCAUUUACCAUAGUUUACCCUGGUUUGCCAUGUUUUUAAAUAUGCGUUACCAUAUCUCUCUGUACUUUACCAUGCUUUCACUGUGCUUCAUUACACUUUGCUAUGCAUUUACUAUGGGGAAUUUUUAUUAGGGCAAAAACCUUCUUUGAGUUAUUAAAAUACACUGCAAUGACAUGGGGCGCAGAGCUUUAACGCAACGAGUUAUUUAUUAUUCAGAGCGCAUAUCACACUUCGACAAACAUUCUUUAAAUAACUCGCGUUAACGUUUUAGAAUAUGACUCAAAUAUUGUAUUAUAGUGUUGCAUGCAUAUACCACGGUUAAUAAACACUUUGUAGGAUUUCUUUGGUAGUCUACUACUGCACUUCAAGCAUUCUUCUCUCGUUUACCGCAUUUGCCCUCCAAGCAUCAGGGAUUAUGUUGUAAAAAGGUGUGAUGCACGUCUUCAGCCUGCCUGAGAGAGUGUGUGCCUCUGUUCGGAACCAUGGCGGGGGUAGCGGUGUGUUCUGGAGCAGUAGCCUCAGCCAAAGCGCUAUGGGAAGUCAGGAUACGGAAGCAUAAAGAAGAUUUAGCGAAAGAUAGAGCACUGCAUGACAGAGCGUCGGUGGGCAGGCUGGCGAAUGCGUGGGAAGACAGGAUAGCCCUAGCGAAGCUGAAAGAGAAGGUUGUAACUGAGGAGGGGAGGAUUGUCUUAAGGAUCGAGAAGGAAGAAUGGAAGUCUCUGCCCUCUGCCCUGGUACACAUGACUAACCUGCAGGAAUGGCAGAUUCACAGAACGGGACUGCUGAAAAUCCCCAGAUUUGUAGGGAAAUUUGACAACCUCCUUGUGCUGGAUCUGUCAAGAAACUCCAUCACCGAGAUUCCCAAGGAAAUAGGCCAGCUGACCAAACUGAGAGAACUGCUAAUCAGCUACAACAAAGUGAGAAGAGUCCCGGAGGAGCUGAGCGACUGUGAGAGCCUGGAGAAACUGGAGCUUGCCGUUAACAGGGACCUGAGUGACCUCCCUCCCCAGUUAAGCAGACUGAAAAACCUUUACCACCUGGAUCUGUCACUAAACCAGUUUACUACAAUCCCAGACACAGUCCUCAGCAUGCCAGCACUGGAAUGGUUGGAUAUGGGAGCUAACAAAAUCCAAAAGCUCCCUGAAGACAUUCACAGAAUGGAAAAUCUACACACCCUGUGGCUGCAGAGGAAUGAGAUUACCUGCUUACCAGAAACAAUCAGUAAAAUGAAAAACCUGGGCACCCUUGUGCUAAGUAACAACAAACUCCAGGAUAUCCCAGCUUGUAUGGAAGAGAUGGAAAACCUCAGGUUUGUAAACUUCAGAGAUAACCCGCUGCCGCUGCAAGUAACUCUACCGCCAUGUGACAACCCUGAAGAGGACGAGGACAGAGAAAUGUUUGGAAGGGAAUUCAUGAAAGCUUACAUCCAGGAGUCAAAAAACAAAGAAAUCAGUUACACUUCUGUAUUAACUGUGAUGAUUGAUGCAGUGGAACAGAAGAUUUGCACCUGACAUUUGUAAUUUGGGACUAUCGCUUUCUUUAAAGCGAUUCCAACCUGCAAAAAUAGUUUUGGACUA